GAAAAGAACCACAACAGAUUUUCUUCCUGUGUCGGGUUGAGGUUAUGGCACAAUUUACUGCACCGGACAGUAACCUAAGUAAGGCCACUAUUACUACUAAUAAUAAUAUUCAUAAUAACAUUAAUAGUGGAGCAGCCAGAACAAAACGCAGCAAGAGAGCGUGUGUUGCGUUUAUGGGACAUAAAAAAAUCAGGAAACAACAUUUUAGCUUUACAAGGACCAACAGCCCCCUCUGCCGAUGAGGUUCCUGGCAAAGGAGUGACCCGCCCUCACCAAAGGCCCUCCUCUCAGGAUCCGGUCCUGUUGUUUCUUGUCGACGUGUCCCCGGGAUCAAUCAAAACUGUUUCUCCAACGCUUCUACCAGAAACUUAGACUGUUUUCCAAAGCAGACGCGGCCCAGCCCCCACGGGCGGAAGCAAUGGGGAGCGUGCGGAGCCACCGCUACAGCAUCGUGUCCUCCGAGGAGGACGCCGUGAAGCUGGCCAACAUGGUUGUCCCCAACGGUUACGGCAACGGCGAUGUCAACAACAAGGCCGAGCACCGGCGCCAGAGCCGCUUCGUCCGCAAGGACGGCCACUGCAAUGUGCACUUUGUCAACAUGAGCGAGAAGGGCCAGCGCUACCUGGCGGAUAUCUUCACCACCUGCGUGGACAUCCGCUGGCGAUGGAUGCUGCUCAUCUUCUGCCUUUCCUUCCUGCUCUCCUGGUUGUUCUUCGGCUUGGUCUUCUGGCUGGUGGCGCUCUGCUACGGCGACCUCGAGAACGACACGCAGAUGUGCGUCUCCAACGUGGACAGCUUCACAGCCGCCUUCUUAUUCUCGGUGGAGACGCAAACCACCAUCGGGUACGGAUACCGCUACGUGACGGAGGAGUGCCCCGUUGCCGUCUUCAUGGUGGUCUUCCAAAGCAUUGUGGGGUGCAUCAUCGACGCUUUCAUCAUCGGGGCGGUCAUGGCGAAGAUGGCCAAGCCCAAAAAAAGGAAUGAGACGCUGGUGUUUAGUCACUAUGCCACGGUGGCCAUGAGGGACAGCAAACUGUGCCUCAUGUGGCGUGUGGGGAACCUGAGGAAGAGCCACCUGGUGGAGGCCCACGUCAGGGCGCAACUCCUCAAGUCUCGCACGACUGCGGAGGGCGAGUUCAUCCCUCUGGACCAAGUGGACAUCGACGUGGGCUUCGACAGCGGCAUCGACAGAAUCUUCCUGGUGUCCCCCAUCACCAUUGUACAUGAGAUAGACGAGGACAGCCCCUUCUAUGAGAUGAACAAGCAGGAGCUGGAGACGUCAGAGUUUGAGAUUGUGGUGAUCCUGGAAGGCAUGGUGGAGGCCACGGCCAUGACCACACAGUGUCGCAGCUCCUAUGUGGCCAGCGAGAUCCUGUGGGGUCACCGCUUCGAACCGGUGCUCUUCGAGGAGAAGAACUACUACAAAGUAGACUACUCGCGCUUCGACAACACCUACGAGGUGUCCAGCACGCCGCACUGCAGCGCACGGGAGCUGGCGGAGAAGAGGUCCAAUGCCUCCAGCCUCAGAAACUCCUUUUGUUACGAGAACGAGGUGGCGCUAGAGAAAAUUGAGAUGGAGGAGGAAUCGGAGGAGGGCGAGAGCGGAGCAACGAUGAGCGUCCAGGAUCGUCCGCUGGCAGACAAAAACACCCACGAGGGAUCAAAUUCAGACCACAAUCUGGAUUCUUUGCCUUUGGAAUCAAGACCUUUGACUGCUGAAUCAGAAAUAUGACCAUCGCCAUGGAACUGAUGGCGAACGCAAACACUUCCUGGCGGAUUCAGCAACCAUCUUACAGCGAGUCAAGUCUAUUUAUAUUCUAGUGCAAUAGUCCAAAUACCCUUCUUCAUAUGCAAUUUCAUUCCCACCUCCAGUGGCCUACAUGUCACACACCAUUGUGACUAAAAGUAAUAUGCAGUCACAAAGUUAUACAGUACUAUGUGAAGUACACAAUAUAUUUAAUACAGCAACUGUGUCAACAAUUAUGCUCCUUUUGAUUGACAGAGGUAUUGAUUGAACGAUACGUUUAUGAUUGAUUGUGCUUGUCUUUAGCAAUAUAAUGCAGUGAGCCUCUGUGCCACUGCAAACUAGCAUAACACUCAUAAACACAUUGUCAAAUAUGUCAAUCAAAUCUUAACAUUUGUAUUUGUAUUUUUUUUCUUAUUUAUUUUACAAAGGCACACAUUUUUGAUACAGCUCAUCCCAUUAAGAUUUUGCCCCAAUUUGCACCAGAGCUGGUCUCUUCGCAAACUAGAUUUCAUAGUAAAUACAGUGGUUGGAAGAUUCCGCCAUCUUUUAAUGUGCAAUAAUGGCUGCUAAUGCUUUAAACUAUAGGAGCCAAAAAUGUAUUAUUUGUCUUCUUGACAGUAUGCAAUGGCGUUAUUCCCCCUGGUGACAGCCUGUUGGUGUUUUCCUGGAUGUUCCCACUGUCCUCGUAGCAAAAAGCCUAACAUGUACAUACUGUAUAUGUGGAAGAGGCAACAUCAAUAUCCUCCUCUAACAUUGAUGGCUGGGUUUGUAUGGAGGCCAGUGUUGGAUUAACCCUUUCAUGCCACCACUCAGUCAUGAAUGGCCCCUUUUGCUUUGUCUUAAAGGUCCCCUGUUAUGCAAAUUGAGGUUUUAAUGAUGUUCUAACAACUAUGUUCUAUCACUUGUUUGGUCCACUUUCAACGGACAAACGCCUUUGUUCAAUGAGUAAGCUAACCUAGCAUGAUGUUGCUGUUAGCUCGCAUAGCUAUGCUAGUGUUGCUAACACUUGUGUCCUCCUGUCCUGCUCCUUAAACUUACGAUAUCAGAGUUACUUUGUAUAUAUAUAUAUAUAUAUAUAUAUAUACAAAGUGGAUGGAGAGGCAAUAAUUCUUGUGGACAACCACAGGUCAUUAGCAUUAAAGGUAUAGUUUGGAUGUUUUGACAUGAAGUUGUAUGACAUCCCCAUUAGCAUUGUCCUACAUUAAUGGUGACUUACUCCUCACUUGGUUCCGUGAGUCCAGUUCUGGUCGAAUUUCGGUGAUGGUUAGCUGCUUUGAUUAUAUAAGUAAUUAGUGGGACUUCUCAAAACAAUGUGUUCAUAAGAGUAAAAGAUUUCCAUGACAAAAAUGCUUCUUUGAUGUAUUACACUGCUGAUGGGGAUUUUUUAUACAACUUCACAUCCCCAAAGAAUUCACAAACACAUUACCAAUACACUAUAGUGGGACUAAAGUGGUUGAAGAAUUGUAUAAUAUGGGACCUUUAAUAUUUCCAUUGAUUAGAAAUUGCUUUUAGGGUAAUCUGGUGAAAAACUGUCGUCACUUUUCCCAUCUUAGGGAUCUUUCUUCCCAACUUCCCAAGCAAAAACUGUAUUUUUUUAAAACAAAUUUUGUAAAUUAUGAUGUACAGAUGUCGAAAAGGUUUUGUCUUUUUUUUUC